CACGUCGGCACGGGCUGUGUAGAAAAUCGAGCGCACCUCUCUCACGCCGCUACAUGCAGGAACAGGAAAUAAGGAGGAAACAGGAAAAAUUUCGGAGAAAGGAAAAGUAACAGUUUACUAAAGAUGAGCCGGAUUUAUCACAGCACGUCGUUACAGAACAAACCAGUACACAAUGAGAACUUUGACCGCGUGUGGUCUCCCUCUGCGUAUGACAGUGGCCAGGGGGUUCUUCUAGAAGGAAAGCUACUGGAUGUUUCCAGACAUGCGAUCAGAGAUUGCAACAAUCAAAAGGCCCGUUUCUAUGUGCUGUACAUCAAACCCAGCCGCAUCCAUCAGAGGAAGUUUGAUGCCAGUGGGAAGGAGAUCGAGCCAAACUUCAGUGACACCAAAAAGGUCAACACUGGCUUCCUCAUGUCCUCCUACAAGGUGGAAGCUCAAGGGGAGUCAGACCGUCUGUCUGAGGAGCAGCUGUCAGUGAUGGUGAACAAAGUGGAGCUGCUGAAGAUAACUGACAGGCACCACCUCGACGGGACCUGGGCCUUCUGGUACCCGGAGUCAGAGAUGGAUGAAACAGAGCUGGAAACAGGACAGGAUGUACGGCUGAAGACCAGAGGAAACAGUCCUUUCAUAUUCGCCUUAGCCAAAAUGGACGGCGGCACGGUGACCAAGUGUAACUUUGCUGGAGAUGGAAAGGCUGGAGCAUCGUGGACGGACAAGAUUAUGACCAACAAAGCAGACGCAGUCAGCACUCAGAAGGCCGAGGGAGAGGGAGAGGGAGCAGAGGAGGAUGAAUGGGAUGAUUGAGGACAGUGUGAUCUGUUGGUCCUGCUCCAGGAUCCUGGUUGGACUGCUUCAGCUUGGAUCCAUGCCCGUCUCUCUGUCUUCAGAUUGGACAUUUCACUUGGGGAACUUAAACGCUUACAUAUGUGGCCUUGGGGCUGGAAACCUUGUGUCACUUCUACAAUGUGGUACUAGACUCUUCCAGCUGCGCAGAGUGUAUCUGGCUGUUAGCUGUGAUGCUUGUAUACUUUGGAUUAGAUUCCCCAUAUUUAUGGGACUGGAACUUGAUCUCUGCAUUUUAAAUCUUUCUUGGCUAAUUCUUCUACUAUUUCCUGUUUGGUUCUAAGUUUAAUCAAACGGCACGCUGGGUUCAGCUCUCUCUCCGUCGCUCGCUGAAAUAUGAAUUAUUAUUUCUACAGUCCUAAUCUAUGCACAUAUACUCCUCAUCUUCUCAGUCACGAGACAUGGACAUCCACUGUUUUUGGACAAUAAACAUAGGCUCAAAAACAAUCCAGUGGAAAGUUAUGUCACCAAAAAACAAAGUAUCCAAACCUCAAGGUAUUCUGGUAAUGUCACAGACAAUAUGUUAUUGGCUAUCAUUAUUAUCAUGGUCAUCUCAUUGUAGUAAAUGUGUAUCAUUAAAAAAUAACGUGCUGGAUUAAAGGAUUCAACACACUUUAAAACAAUGUCAAUAUUUUAUUAUUAAAAAUAACAAUUUCAGCAACAUACAAGAACAAUGUUGAUCCUUGAUUACAACAUACAUAAUGCACAAACAGACAUGUUCCCCAUAACACAGAGGAAGUAACACAACGCUCUUCCAAUGAACUAGUGUUUGUCCUCCACAUGUUAGCUAGGAGAUUAAUAUACCCAUUGGAAGUUUCAAUCCUUUUACUGUAGAAAAGUUUUGAUUGUAAAAUCAUUUUGGUCAUAAGCAACAAGAACAAAAGUGAUUUUGAAAAGUAAAUAUGUUCACAUUUAUUAUCAAACCUGAAACAUUUUCAAACAAACAAAUACAACUACAUUUUAAAGUUGACUGAUGCUAAAGCAUCAUGUGCAAACAGUGGAGUAAAUAUCGUGUUACUUUGACUGUAUAAAUAAUGAACAUACAUAAACAUUUCUCUCUUGAGUCAGUACUAUACUAGCUUCAGUCUUAUGAUGCUGCACAGUCACUCUUCAGUUUGGGAAUUUUUCCCUCUUAUUCUUUUUCUGAUUAAGUGAGAUUCGCUCUCGAUCAGUUCUUGUUUUUAAAGUGGAUUUAGUGGAGAGGAAAGUCAGCUAAAGAAUUACAAACUGCUCGCACCACUGAUGUGCGAGGCUCUAAAACAAUCAGGUCUGUUUCCCAGUCUACAAAGCAGUUUCUCUUUCAAACCACUGAAGUAUAAUGUCUUUGUUCUGGCUGACCCACUGGAUGUUGACUCGGGUUUGCUCUAUGGCCCUUCUGGUAGCAGUACUCUGAUAAUACUCUAUAGAAAACUUCACCAGCUGUGCACACACACACACACACACACACACACACACACACACACACACACACACACACACACACACACACACACACACACUGAUGUUAGGUUACUGCUAUAGAAGCACAUUGCAUUCACCACAGAGAGAAAUGGAGGCCUUACCUACCUCGUCAUAAGUUAUAAUUAUUACUUUUCUUUGCCUACUUUGCAGGCGAGCAUAUACAAGGCUGGCUGUUGUUUUAUGUUUUUCUUGUCAUCAACAAAUACUGUCGUCAAUAAAAGUGACUAAAGCCCUCCCCUCCCUUGGCUACCGUAACUAGGCAUGGGAGGGAUAAUUUCAUACUACAUUAUUUUGUGUCGCUACUUUUAAAACAAACUUAAAACUUCACGAUGUCUUCUACAUGGAUCAUCACACUUUUAGUAUGAUAGCAUGUAGCCAUGAGCCAGCGAGGUCAACCGGAGCUAACGUUAGCUUAAUUAGCUAGCUGUUGUGGAAAUCAUGCAUGUAUUACCAAACUGGUAACAUGUUUACUUGCUUUUUCUUAGAUUCACACUGUACUUUUAUACCUUGAUUAAUGUACUGUAUGCAUUGCUAUGUUGAAAAGAUUAAUCACACACAGAGAGUUUCAAACCUUGAGCCACUUUGUGAAUGAAGCUAGCUUCGUCUAGAAUGUGACCAGAUAAGGGAUGAGUGUGAGAAAAGAUGCCAUUUCCACUAUCAUAGAAGGUGUUGUUCUGAACUGUAGUAACCUGUACCCUGAAAAGACCCUGAGCAGAGAUGUACUGAACAACAGGUGGUCAUAAAGACCUUGAGGGUUAUGGGCAGAUAACUGCACCCAUUCUUACAUCCGACACCAAAUAAGGAAAACUCCCUGGCUCACCCUCCUUCAGAGGAUGGCCGAAGACUCCAAAGAUAAAACUGCCGAGAGGCGUGGACGCGCCUACCGCACCAACAAAGGCCUACAUUGACCAAUAAGAAGAAGAGACAUUCCUCUUAUGCUAGAGUUUAUAUGGUAAAUGUAAAAGCUCAUUUGAGGCCCUUUGGUGAAACUGCGAGACAGUAAACUACUUAAUUGUGGUCUAUGUAGUAGUGAAGCCAAAUGGUCCUCAUGAGUAAAAUCUUUAUGUUUUGCUGCACUUUGAAUUGAAUAAAUGACUUGAUAUCA